AUGAAUGUUUUAGCUAGUAAUAUAGUAAUGCCAUACUUCUUUGGACGUUGUUCUGCAUAUGCAAGUGUGAUGAGCUCACAUAUUGUGUCAGUAUCUACCUACACAGAUGAAUUAUUUUCGGAUAGGACAGAGAUGCAAUGUUUACGAAGGUUCUUUAACACUGAACUCAUCAAAGGUCCUUGGACUCAAGAGGAAGUUGACAAAAUUAUUGACCUUGUAAACAAGUAUGGACUAACAAAAUGCUUGCAAGGUCAGCUACCAGAACUUCCCCGCUGA